CGGCAAGGGUUGUGGAAAAAAUAAGUAGUAGUCAUGAUAUUUAUCUAGCCAAUCUACAAAUGACAGACACAUAUCAAAUUAUACAUAGUACAUUACCCAUGUCAGGGCUCAAGAAGAAUUUUCGAGGUAUUGUGCAGCUCUUUUUUGAUAGACAGGAAUAUUUUAUCUUGUCCGCAAACCCAUCGUGAAGAGCCUGCUGAGUGACGUGAUCAAGUGGUGUUGGCACCUUUGUGCCAUCUCAUUUCAAGUCCCUGAGGAACUUUAAUACAGUAGAAGAUGAACGGCCUGUCCAUUAGAGAGCUAUGCUGCCUGUUCUGCUGCCCUCCUUGCCCCAGCCGCAUUGCAGCCAAGCUGGCCUUCCUCCCUCCAGAGCCCACCUACUCAAUGCUGCCAGACCCAGAGGCUACAGCUGCGGCAGCAGCCGGGACCACGCCUGGGGGUGCACCCCCCUCUCUGGGGGCUCCGGGCCUGCGCUCCCGGCUGGGUGGCGGAGGGGGAGACAGAGGAGGGGGAGGAGGAGAGGGCAGGUGGAAGCUCCACCUGACAGAGAGGGCAGAGUUCCAGUACACUCAGAGAGAGCUGGACAUGACGGACGUGUUCCUGACAAGGUCUAGCCGGGGGAACAGGGUGGGCUGCAUGUACAUCCGCUGUGCCCCCAAUGCCAGGUUCACAUUGCUAUUCUCCCAUGGUAAUGCAGUAGACUUGGGUCAGAUGAGUAGCUUCUACAUUGGCCUGGGCACGCGUAUCAACUGUAACAUCUUCUCCUACGACUACUCUGGCUAUGGUGUCAGCACUGGCAAACCCUCAGAGAAGAACCUCUACGCUGACAUAGACGCUGCCUGGCACGCCCUACGCUCCCGGUAUGGCAUCAGCCCAGAGAACAUCAUCCUGUAUGGGCAGAGUAUUGGCACGGUACCCACGGUGGACCUGGCGUCCAGGUUUGAGUGUGCUGCUGUGGUGCUCCACUCCCCUCUCACCUCUGGCAUGAGGGUGGCCUUCCCUGACACCAAGAAGACCUACUGCUUUGAUGCCUUCCCCAACAUAGAGAAGGUGUCUAAGAUCCCAUCCCCGGUGCUGAUCAUCCACGGGACGGAGGACGAGGUGAUCGACUUCUCCCACGGCCUGGCUCUGUUUGAGCGCUGUCCCAAGGCCGUGGAGCCACUUUGGGUGGAGGGGGCGGGACACAACGACAUAGAGCUCUACAGCCAAUACCUGGAGAGACUACGACGCUUCAUCAACCAAGACCUGGCUGCAGCACACGCCUGAGAGAGGAGGAGAGGGUGUGUGUGUGUGUCUGUGUGUGUUUUAGCUCUGUGUGUGUGUCUGUAAGGAGCUAUACAAAGUCAUCAACCUACAGUACCUGAAGAGGAGCAUCCAGUAUGCUGUAAAUCUGUGAGUGCGUUGAGAGUAUGUGUGUUGACUCAUGGAAAUGAAUGACCUCUUGAUCUGGACACGACUGUCCGACUUUGGGUACGUGUUCCUUGAGACUUCCUGAGGCUGAAUAUGUGUGCGCACCUACAAACUGUCUUCUCUGUGUACAUACAAGUAACUGACGAAAUAAAGGAAACAUCAACAACGUGUCUUAAUAGGGCUUGGGCCACCACGAGCCGCCAGAACAGCUUCAAUGCGCCUUGGCCGAGAUUCUACAAGUGUCUGGAACACACAACCACAACCCCUUUUUAA